AUGACAACCCUCAGUCUUACCACAUCUUCGAAUACGGCGGGAGACUCAAUCCCCACCAGCUCCCAAGUCCCUACCAUUGCUUUGACCCUGACCACCUCGACUUCGGCCUCCAGCGCCAACUUCUCGAGGGCCUCGGGAACUGUCACCGACAGCACCAGCCAUAACCGCGUCGCAAUCGGUGCUGGAGUUGGCGUAGGUGUGCUGGUCAUGUUAGCUAUUCUGGGAGCGCUUUACUAUUUCUGGCGGCGCCGGUCGAUGACCGUCCAGAACCGCAUAUCAGCUCAGAAUGACGGUUACAGCAAGCCCGAGAUGGAUGCAUCAAACAGCCAUUCUGUACUGGACCGCCGACGUACCGAAUUGGAGACAACAGGCGAAGUCUUCGAAAUGCCAACGAAAAACAGUGUCCGAGAAGCAGUGGACCGAUCCCAUAAUUGA